AUGGCGAGCUCACUGGACGGAUUGAAGUUGGAGCAGAGACACGGCAAGGCCAGGGUGAGAGUUGCUAGGGUUUGGAGGUCCAAAGAAGCUGGUCGACACUACAUAGUCGAAUGGAGCGUUUCCAUCAGCCUCCUCUCCGACUGCCUCCCCGCCUACGUCGCCGGUGACAACUCCGAUAUCGUCGCCACUGAUACAAUGAAGAAUACGGUGUAUGCAAAAGCAAAGGAAUGUACAGAGCAGCUUUCAGUGGAAGACUUCGCCAUUUUGCUUGCUAAGCACUUUACAUCAUUUUAUAAGCAGGUCACUUCUGCAAUAGUGAACAUAGUAGAGAAACCAUGGGAGCGAGUGCACAUUGAUGGGCAACCGCAUGAACAUGGUUUUAAACUUGGAUCUGAGAAGCAUACAGUGGAGGCAAUUGUAAAGAAGUCUGGUGGUUUAGAGCUGACUUCUGGCAUUGAAGGAUUGUCUGUACUGAAAACAACCAAGUCGGGUUUUGAAGGGUUUAUAAGGGACAAAUACACAGCUCUGCCUGAAACACGAGAGAGAAUCCUGGCGACAGAGGUCACUGCAUCAUGGAGGUACUCUUAUGAUUAUGUCUCUAGCAUUCCGAAGAAGCCACUUUAUUUCAUGGAGCAAUAUAUGGAUGUGAAAAAGGUUUUAGCCAACACUUUCUUCGGUCCUCCUACGAGUGGAGUCUACAGUCCAUCUGUUCAGAGCACUCUUUAUGAUAUGGCAAGGGCUGUGCUUAGCAGGUUUCCUGACAUAUCAGCUAUCCGACUGAAAAUGCCGAAUCUCCACUUCUUGCCGGUUAAUCUGUCAAGCAAAGACAAUGUUAUAGUGAAGUUUGACGAUGAUGUAUAUCUACCAACUGAUGAACCUCAUGGAUCGAUUGAAGCAACCCUGUGCCGCUUCUGGGCGAAGAUGUAGAAUUUGCUGUACUCAUCAAAAUGCUGCUUCUGUUCUCUUCCUGCAGUUGCUGUUUAUGUUUUUUCAUUGUCAAAAUGAUGUCUUUAUGCUUUCAAUUUGAUACUUUGAUGUCUACAUAAAAUUGUAACUUAAGCUAACGUUCUUCACUCUUGAGCUGUUGGCUCUGUUGAUUAUAAAUAAGAAUGAACUUGUGAAAUUUCUA